CAUUUCAACCUCAUUUAAUUAAACAUCUCUGUCCGUCUUUCACUUUUCAGAACAUUGUCUUAUUCUUCAGAUUUCUUUUGUCUAUUUAAAAAAAAGGUAAUCAAAACCAUUUUAACUGUAACAGACGUCUUUUCACGUCUGACUUUUCAGCUGCAUAUUUAGGCUGUUUAGAUGGUAAAUCAUGGCAUCUGUUAUCUAUUUGUCCACGACUUCCACCAUUUAUAACCCAGAACCUUUCACUUCUCGACCACAUUUCCACGUUGUUUAGAUACAAGGUGACACAUUCUCUAUUUUAGCCAUUUAACCAUGUUUCCAAUAUAGUUUUGAUUCUAAGUGUCAUUGUGUAGGACUAUCUAGAAAUGGAAGGCAGACAUGUAUUUUAUUUUUCUGUUUAGUGGUAAUGUGCUCGGCGUAAAGAUUUGACUGUGUUAACAGAAGUGUACAACAUAGGUUCGUCUUUUUUAAACACCACCGGGUCAUUGUCCAAGAAAAUAAUCUGAAGUUAACAGAGCCCAGCAGACGUCCUGGAGUGGGCGGUCUUUUCGUAUUUCGUCUUGUUUAGACUGGAAGGCAACACGACCUGAUGUCUAAUAAACGAAGCUUUGCUCCGGGGGAAAAAAAAAGUUGACUAUUUGAACUAAAUUUGGGUAAUAUAUUUGUCUUUGUAUCAAAUGAUGGUGACAGAUUGAGAAAAGUGAAAGUCUUGUAUCAGUGAGCAUUCUUUUCCCCUCACCUGAACCAGUUUAAAUCAACCACAUUGAUUAAAUCAACCACUUUGCUCAAUUACAAUUCAACGAAACUUUGCUUAGUGGAAUAAUUUGGACGUUUUCUAAAAAAAGAAAGAGAGAAAUUUUUUUUUGACAAAGUUUAGAUGUUCUCAUAAUAAAUGGCCAUAUUUGUCAGUUUUGUCAAAUCAUAGUGAUUUUGAUAUUGUUAGUUUUACAGCUUUAAUUCAUGCUUAGCAACUUACGUGCGUUCUGAUUACAAAACUCUCAAGUUUUGAAGUUCAUUUUUCACCCCCAGAGUUUAAAUAUGAAGAGCUACUAGGGUGAAAUGUGUGUCUGUGUCUCUCUCUGUGUGUGUGUGUGCUUUGUGAUGUAUGUGUGUGUGAGUGGUGGGGGCGUUCUCGACUGACAUCCUCAAACAAUACGAGAAAGAGGAGUGCACGAAUCCGCGCACCCUGAGCUGGUCUCCUUCCCUGUAAUAGAGAGCGUCAGGCGCUUCUUAAAAAACACAUUUUGUGGCUUAGUGGACUGGACUGGAGGAGCGAGGCGAGGACGAGCUGAGCGGACAGAGAUGUAAAUAAAAACAGUCGUGCAUGGCCCAGCUGAGCGAGGACUUUUCUUUUUUUUUUUUUAUUCCUUUUGGAUCAAUCAGGCAGAGAGUGGCUUCUUUUGAUUAAGCCCCAAAUUGUCAUUGGGCAGAGGUAAUCAUGUGACAGGCAAUUCGGUCCAAUUUCAACCUUGUCUCCAUGAAUUCUAUAGUUUAAUGGUAGCUCGGUCCCCAUACGGCCGUAAUCACUGAAAUAGAAAAAAAAACACAUCAGGGGAUUUUUCUUUUAAAUAUAUAUUUCUUUUUUUUUCUUUCUUCAUCGUCCUCACUGAGCCGCAACGUUUAUAAAAAUACGGCGCUGCAAACUUUCCUCGGCUCUCAGGGAGCGGAGAUGAAUUACGAAUUCGAGCGAGAGAGCGGUUUUAUCAAUAGUCAGCCGUCGCUUGCUGAGUGCCUGACAUCUUUCCCCCCUGUCGCUGAUUCAUUUCAAAGUUCAUCAAUCAAGAGCUCGACGCUUUCACGCCCGACACUGAUUCCUCCUCCCUUCGAACAGACCAUCCCCAGCCUGAACCCGGGCAGCCAUCCGCGGCACGGUCGGCCCAGACACAGCCCCGAUGGCUGCAGCCCGCUGCCUACCGCCUCCUUACCCCCGGAGUACCCGUGGAUGCGGGAGAAGAAAGCCUCCAAGAGGAACCACCAGCUGCCGAACUCCACCACCGCCGCUACCGCCGCCACCACCAUCUCCAACGGACCCGUGUGCUUCUCCCCGAAAGGUUCGCCUGAGAUCGUGGAGGGAGCGGGUGGAGGAGGGGGCUCCCGCAGGCUGAGGACCGCAUACACCAACACGCAGCUGCUGGAGCUGGAGAAGGAGUUCCACUUCAACAAGUAUCUGUGUCGGCCGAGGCGGGUGGAGAUCGCGGCCCUGCUGGAUCUGACCGAGAGACAGGUCAAGGUAUGGUUCCAGAACCGGCGCAUGAAGCACAAGCGCCAGACUCAGACCAAGGAGAACCACGGAGGGGGAGACGCGAAGGGCCCCGGUGCCGACGACGGCAUCCACAGCGAGGAGGACGAGGAGGGGAGCGGCCUGCUGUACGAGCAGAGUGGGCCCCUCCUGGAGAGAGAUACCUGCUCCUUUCAGAACAACACACAGCAGCAGCCGCAGCAGCAGCAGCAGCUUCACAAUAAUGGAGAGGCGGCAAGCUAUGACAAAAAUCUGAAACAUUUUCCCAACCCGUCACCCACUGUUCCGGGCUGUAUGUCAACAAUGGGCCCCGGAUCGGCAUCUGGACCGGACAAUGGCGACAGCCCCUCAGCCCUGGAUGUUUCUUUGCACGACUUUCAGCCUUUCUCCUCGGAUUCCUGCCUACAGCUCUCGGACACAGCCUCGCCGAGCUUGUCGGAGUCUCUGGAUAGCCCCGUGGACAUUUCCGCGGACACUUUCUAUUUUUUCUCGGAGUCUCUGACCACAAUCGACCUGCAGCAUCUGAACUAUUAACUCAGAAACAAACAAAAAAAUCCUUCACAUUUUCCCUGUAUGUGUGUGUGUGUGUGUGUGUGUAGGAGAAAGAGAGAGAGAGAAUGUGUGUAUGAAAUCAGGCUACGAAGGCAUUAAUUCAUAUUGUUUGUUUGUGCGACAUUUAUUCUCUUGAUAUUUGACUUGACGAUUAAUGCAAGGUAAGGACGGAACUAAAUCACUGAAAUAGCUCUGCUUAUAGCUUAAUUACCAUAACAACUUGAUCACUUGGAAUAGAAAUUACAAGUGUGUGGGUGUAAGAGGGAAAGUGUGAGUGUGUGUGUGUGUGUGUGUGAGAGAGAGAGAAAGUAAUCUAACAGUGUUAGGUCAAUACGGAACCGGGUCGUUUUUUAUUUUUGUAUAGUUUUCUUGGAUAUUUUUGUUAGAAUACAAACUAACUUGCUACAAUCCUUCUGCUUGUGUUUGACUCUUUUCUUUUUAAAAUUUCUAGAGUGAACUCUUUUUUUUCGUUUCCUUGUUUCCUAUAAGAAACAUUUAAUCAGAAGCGACAGUAAGAGGCUAUGUAAAUCAACAACAGGUUGGUAAUGAAUAUAAAUUAUUGAUUUGCAUUCAUUUCUCAACGGAACACUUGUUUGAAUGAAACAAAGAAUUUAGAAAAAAGUUUUUAAUCAUCAAUGGAUAAAUAAAUAACUCCACCCUCUAAUCAUUUAUAGAACGCAGUUAUUUAAGUAAUUUUCAAACCAGACCUAGAAUACAUAUAAAACACUAAUGAAGAAUAAAACAACUACUAAAAAUGUAUGCAAAACAGGUUUAUUUGUUUAUAUCAAAAUACCUCAACUUAAACGUGCAAAGAAAUGUGAGAACUAUAAGAUCAAUAUUUACGUUUCUAACUUCCAAACUAAUUUCUUUCAAAGGACCAAAAAAAUAAAAAAUAAAUAAAAAUAAAAUUUCCUGCGGAGAUCUUAGCUGUUAACACUGAGUACAAGUUGCAGGCAAAUAACCGGAGCCAUGUUUGCCUUCAGGAGCUCAUAAAUCACCCCCGUGGCAUGAAAGAGACGGACGUUAAGGAGAGCAAUUGUCGCGUAAUGUGAACAAAUAAUAAAAAACACCCACUUACGUUUUCAUACGGGACUCCUAAAACUUAAAAGGGGGCCGAGUCACUGCAUGCGUUUGGCAAUAAUUCAUUUUUAUAGCUUGUUUGAACACGGCUCAUGGCUCAGAGACAGCAGUAGCAGCAGCGGCAGUAGCAGCCGGUUCCGGAUUAAGAGGCUGCGCUCAAACUUAAGCCAGACUCCUUUCGGAAUAUUGAACAUUUAUCAAAUUCACUCCGAAGAAAAGCUUUCUCAAGUAGAGAUUAUUGUCUAAGCUUGUUUAACAGGAAAUUAGGCGUGUUUGGGGGAUUUUACCACAUUACUGGAUGUUCGUAUGUUUCAGCUGCUCCUUAAAGCCUCCUAUUCAAUGAAGGAUUAUUUCUAAUCUUAUUCAACGUGACUCCUCGUCAGGAAUGGGGUUUUCCUACAUAUAUUAAGUCAAUACAACACAUUUGAGCCAGAUGUUAAAAGCCACCAGUUGCAAUUGAUCGAUUUAAAAACUUUGGCACAUCAGCUCGAACUUUUUACUGAAAAAUCUGAAAGCUAAGCAACUCCUUCUGUGCAUUUUAUUAUUGGGCGAAGAGUUGAGAAGAGUUAUAUGUAUCUGCGUGUGUGCAGAUGGGGUGUAGGAUGAGGAUUGGGAGGAGGCAUGAAGUGGGGCUAAAAAGUAAAUUCAACGUUUUUUCCCCCUCCCCUGUUUCUCCGACUAACCCUGGUGGAGGCCGUUUUAACCAAAUCAUUCCGAGACAGCGCGCCUUUUCUGUGCUCCUGCAGCUCACACAAAGAGCCGUGAAAAGCCUUCCGAGGUUCCUGCAUGUGGUGAAGCUGCUUCUUUCCACGAGCAUAGUGAGGCAGGAGCCUUCGCCCACUCACUGCAGAGGCAGCUGGAGGAGACAGAGAAAAGAGGGAGGGGGGGAA